GGCACAAUCUAGUAAAAUUUGAGUUUUUCUGUUUGGUUUUCCAUCUCGCUUUGAUGGAAAUUAACUAUAUGAUUACGUGGCAUUUUUCAUUCGGAAGAUACUUAGAAUUGGACAUUGAUCGCGUAGCUAUCUCACUACUGUAAAGCCUGCUUGUCUCUUGAAGAGUAAUAUUUAAAUUCUACCUUGACACUACUGCCUCCACAUAUCUCUCAUUUCUGUGGAAGACCGGGACGCUUGACGUCAGCACUUACCACACAAUAUUCAACUGCAAUCUAGUGUUAAUUAAAUUGCUAUAGCCUCCUUGCAAGAUCAAGGUGUGCUCAUUUUUGUCUGAUUCAUAGUUUUAGGAUUUGUUUUAUGUUAUUUAAACUCUUGUUUGACAUGUAGCCGUCUUUUCUAAGAUGCACUUUAUUGAUAAAUAUCAUCACUACGAUAUUUCAAACUGUAAUUUAAGCAUAUCUUUGAGUUAUAUAUAUUUUUUUUUUAAUCUUUAGGGGUGUAUAUAUAUUCUGUUUUAAUUUUAAACUGGAAAAGUAUAUUGUUUUUGUUUACAAGCCUUUUCUGUCGAUCAUUCCGAAAUGGACACAUCUAGAAUCUGAUAGCGUUUAAGGACAAGGCAGACAUAAUCUGGAAUUGACAGAUCUAAGAUCGAUCCUGGUCUUCGGACAUUUGCGUUGUGAAGGCCGGUGUUAUUCAUUGUUUUUAUGUUCCUCUGCUGGAUUGACACACUAAAGAGAAGAAUCUCCAUCUGAAGACCAGUGGGAGUUAUUUUUCUUGGAUCGUACAAUACUCCUUUGAGUGCAGAUGGAUUUCACACGUCAAACUCAGAGGUGCUUUUGUGGCGUUGCCUUUGCAAUUCAAGCACUGAAGUGGAAGAAUGAUUUUAAGGAGGUUUCAGGGAUAAAUAACUUGUGUUUUUAAGAAAGACUGACAGGUCUAUAGUUAUAUUUUCAUCUUCCUAGCAGAUCCUAAGGAGAGGUGCUUCCAUUUGAUUCUCCUUUAAGGUGGCCAUCAGUGGCCAAAUGAACUGACAUGUAUCACUACCUGAAUUUAAACAGACUUAUUCCAUCCAACAAACUGCCAACUGCAUGAAACACUGACACACCGUCCACCUGUCAGGAAACAGACCUUACCUACCCUAAACCUGAGGGUUGGAAGUCCGCUCCCCGUCAAGCCCCCCACACUAAGGAUGCGUUCCCCAGAGCCCCCCAUCCCAUCCCCAGCUGAGGCGCUACUCCACUGCCAGUUCGGGGGCUGGGGAACGGGCAGCAGCUGCAACAACAGCUGCCCCAACAGCCCUGGAGGUCCUGGGGGUCUGUCGUCCCCUUCUCCCUCCCCCAGCCCCUCUCCUGCCUCCAGCUAUGCCUUGACCCUCACCCCUUCCCACAUCCACGUCCAGCGCCUGGCCCCCCGCCCUGGUAAAGAGGCACGUCUAAUACUACCCCUGUCAGAGCUGGCAGGGUGCAGCUGUCCCCGCGCCCCUGCUCCCCCCUUGCUGGUUCUAUACUGGUAUCCCCCGGGGAGGCGGAGGAAGGGGGUGUCCAGGAGGAGGCAGGUGAGGGUGUACCUGGCUGAGGCCAGGGUGGAGGCUGAGAGGUGGUCCACUGCUAUACAAUGUCUGCUCAGGGGAGUCGCCAUCACUGCUGACACGGAAAUUGUCAAACGUCUACUGCCCCGUCCCCGAAGGCUGCUGCUAUUGGUGAACCCCUUCAGUGGGAGAGGCCAGGCUAUGCAGUGGUGUCAGACACACAUCCUGCCAAUGAUCAGAGAGGCUAACAUCAGCUACAACCUGAUACAGACAGAGCGACAGAACCAUGCCAGAGAGUUGAUCAAAGAGAUCUCCCUGCCACAGUGGGACGGCAUCAUCAUCGUCUCUGGAGAUGGCCUGCUGCACGAGGUGAUCAAUGGUUUGAUGGAGCGUCCAGACUGGGAACUAGCAAUAAAGACACCUGUAGGUAUCCUUCCCUGUGGCUCUGGAAAUGCCCUGGCUGGCUCCAUCAACCACCAUGCGGGUUAUGACAUGUGCCUUCGGGAGCCUCUCCUCCUCAACUGCUGUUUUCAGCUCUGCCGUGGCGGAGUCAAGCCCAUGGAUUUGGUCUCUGUGACAACCAGCCCCGCCCCUUCUCAAAAUGGCCGCCCGGGUCUUCCCAGAAGGAUGUUCUCCUUCCUGUCUGUGGCCUGGGGCUUUGUGUCUGACGUGGACAUCGAGAGUGAGAGGUACCGGGGUCUGGGGUCGGCACGGUUCACCCUGGGCACUCUGGUCCGCCUGGCCUCCCUGCGCUCCUAUAAGGGCCGUCUGUCCUACCUGCCCCCCUCCAUAGUCGCCACAUCCCCAAACACCAUCCCUCCGCCCCUGCGCAGACCCCUGUCCCGCAGCAUCACUGAGGGCCUGGAGGGCUUCUGCCACACCCCCAUCCAACGCACCAGCUCUGACAUGGGCCUCAGCGAACAGAGGAGUCUGAGGAGGGUAGACACGGAGAGGGAGAGGGAGAGAGAGAUGGAGAGGCAGAGAGAGAGGGAGAGGAGGAGGGAGAGGGCCAGGGGAGGGGGAACGGGAGUGGUCAGGGCGAGUAGCUUGGCAGAGGAUAGAGAGAGAGAGAUGGAGGAGGGUGAGGCGGGGAGGUCAGGGACAAGUUCGGAGAGAUCUGGAACGAGUUCGGAGUCGAAUGAAAGGGAAGAUUGCAGGAUGGGAAGGGAGGAUGGGAUGACGGGGAACAUGGAAGAAAGGCCAGAUGAGGAAAGAAAAGACGGAACGAUGGAGCAGGACUCAGGGGUGAUAGAGGAUAUAGAGGAGAGAGUGAGGAAUGGGGAAGGCAGCAGCGGCUCAAUGGAUGGAGUGAUUGAAGCAAAGGAGGUUGGAGAGGGGUACGGGGUAGACAUGGGGCGAGAGGCCAACGAGGACCCAGAGGGGUGUUACUCGUACCCUGACAACCUCCAGCAGACCAGACUGGCUCUAAGGAAGAACUCUGCCCCUUCCAGCCAGAUAGCUAACGCCUUCUUUAGCCAGUCCCUCAGCCAGGAGGCUGACCCCAUGUCUGGAGCCUCGUACAGGGCAGAAGAGAUGGAUCUGAACGGAACAUACUUCCAGAAAGAAGCUUACCCACUGGACAUCGCCCGGGAGAGAGCCCUCACCAUAUCCUCUCCCUUCAGACACUCUCCUUUCUCCUUCAAGCCCAAAUCUUUGGACCAGAACACAUCCCGCCCCAGACCCUUAUCCCUUCUCCACCACCCCCACUCCAACUCCCUACCCCCUAAACUCCCCUCCCUGUCCCUCUCCCUCUCUCCCACGCCCCCUUCCUCCCCGUCCUGUGCCUCCCCCCAUUCCUCCUCCUACCUCGUUCCGCGCCCCAACACCCCCAACUCCACCUCCCCUUCCCCGUCUCUCCAGUCCCCCUCCCCCUCCUUUACCUUUGACAUUGCAGAGCCUGCCGGACCCCUCAAGAACCGCCCCCCCGUCUCACUCCCUUUCAACCCUCCCAGGGAUGACCUCCUGCCCCCCUUGGACCAGGCCCUGCCGACCCAGGACUGGGUGACCAUCGAGGGAGACUUUGUGCUUGUGCUGGCCAUCUACCAGUCCCAUCUCGGGGCAGACCUCCACGCCGCCCCCCAAGCCAGGUUUGACGAUGGGCUGAUCCACCUGACGUUUGUGCGGGCAGGGAUCUCCAGAGCCACCCUGCUUCGUCUGUUCCUGGCCAUGGAGAGGGGGGCACACCUGUCUCUCAGCUCCCCCUAUGUGAGCCACGUCCCAGCCAGGGCCUUCAGGCUGCAGCCCCUCUCCCCACGAGGAACACUCACUGUGGACGGGGAACUGGUGCCAUACGGCCCGCUGCAGGCACAGGUCCAUCCCUCUAUGUCCCGGCUCAUUGUCGGCGACUCUGGAGUGAAGAUCACCCGAUUCUGACAAGGGAUUGGCUGACCAGAUCAGCUGAUACGGCGCUCUCUCCAACUAUAUAAUCUCUGUUGCCAUCUAUGUUCACAGAGAAAGAGGAGAAAAAAGCCUCAGAGACUGAAAAUAGCAAAAAUAAUUUCUAGGGUUUAAUGGAAGGGAUCACCUGCUGAGCAGAGCGGCGGUGCAGGACGCAAGCCGAGGGAUUAAUAGAGAAUUUUAAAAACGGAUGAAAACGAGCUUUGUUGCACAGCUGUUGGAUUACACUCCGUUUAUCCUGAGAAGCCUGUACCUGCAUAGCCAUGGGAACUAAAUAGGGGGGGACAUGUUGAAUGUGUAUGGGGUAGUGUGUAGGGUGCAUGUGUGUGGUGUAUACAUUCUAGUAUGCACAAAUGGCAUGCAGAGAUACACAUUUCAGAUGUCUUUGUUCUCUAUCAAAGCUGUCCUAGAACAGUUCUAGAACGUCUUCAGAGGGAGCCACACCCUCAUGCAAAUGUAGAUCCCCUUCCGUAUUGGAACCUCCGUCCUUCCUGUGAUGCCUUAAAGUACAACUCCUGUGACUUUGCCCUUUCAGUCUUAUAUAAGAAGCCUAAACCUGCGAUAACGCAAAUCUCCAUUCACCAGAGGCUGCAGGGAGGAGCUAUAGGUUGGACGGGCUCAUUGUAAAGACUGGAAUAGAAUUAAUGGAACGGUAUCAAACCCAUACAAAACCACAUGUUUGACUCCGUUCUAUUUAUUCCAUUCCAGCCAUGAGCCCGUCCUCCUAUAGCUCCUCCCAUCAGACGGGACCGUCCACUACAGGAAAAACAAAACAAAGCAAAGCUGAUGAGCAUACUGUGGUGUUAGGUUUGUAUUGGUGUGUAUGAAAUAUCUGUGAACAAAUGAAUUUUAUUAGCAAUCCCAUGGAGAUGAUUACUCCUAGAAUAAACCAGUAAAGUUAGAUCAACACUGAAAUAAAUAUAAAUCUCAUUGAGUCGUUUUACACGGGUAUUCCACAAUAGGAUAGAUGGGACUGUUGAACAGUAGCCAUCAUGGUGUAUAGCGCAUUUGCCUGUUUUUCUUAGCAAAAAGGGUGCAUGAUGAUGAUGCUAGAUUAUGAAGUUGCAACACAGUGAACACGAGACUGUUGCUUGAUCAAGUUUCAUGUAUGUUGUCACGGAAUCCUCUGAAAGUCUCACAAAGACCCAGAAUGCUGGUUGUUUUCAGCAAAUAGUCACUAGUUCCACAUGUGUAAACUGCCUUUUUACAUACCUCUGUUGUAGUCGAUUUGAAUUGAUAUAAUUGUGAAUAGAUUCUGAAGUGUUAUGCAGCUGCAGAAAAUCAACCCUCGAUUGUAUUCUAUCUCUUAGAUAAAGAUUGCUGUUGGAAGGAACAAGAUAUACUUGUCUUGAUGGUGUUAUUUACCACAUGACAAGCAGAUCGUUUCCAUAGGAGACAGUUAUAAUCUUAAACAGACAACAUAAACUCAGUAAAUGAUUGAUUACCAUCUUGAGGAUUUAGCUAAUCACCGACGAGGCUGUGCCUCCCAACUCAAAUCAUAGCUUACAUUUCAGAAAUGGAUUUCUCAAUGGGAUGUAGCCUAUACAGUUGAAGUCGGAAGUUUACAUACACUUAGGUUGGAGUCAUAAAAAUUUAGUUUUUCAACCACUCCACAAAUUUGUUAAACUAUAGUUUUCCAACAAUUGUUUACAGACAGAUUAUUUCACUUAUAAUUCACUGUAUCACAAUUCCAGUGGGUCAGAAGUUUACAUACACUAAGUUGACUGUACCUUUAAACAGCUUGGAAAAUUCCAGAAAAUAAUGUCAUGGCUUUAGAAGCUUCUGAUAGGCUAAUAAUUUGAGUCAAGUGGAAGUGUACCUUUGGAUGUAUUUCAAGGCCUACCUUCAAACUCCGUGCCUCUUUUCUUGACAGCAAGGGAAAAUCAAAAGAAAUCAGCCAAUACCUCAGAAAAAGAAAUGUAGACCUCCACAAGUCUGGUUCAUCCUUGGGAGCAAUAUCCAAAUGCCUGAAGGUACCAUGUUCAUCUGUACAAACAAUACUAUGCAAGUAUAAACACUAUGGGACCACGCAGCCAUCAUACUGCUCAGGAAGGUGGGAAAAGUGCAAAUCAAUCCCAGAACAGAAGCAAAGGACCAUGUGAAGAUGCUGGAGGAAACCGGUACAAAAGUAUCUAUAUCCACAGUAGACCGAGUCCUAAAAGGGGAGGUUUGGGAUGCUUGCAAGCCGAAGAACACCAUCCCAACCGUGAAGCAUGGGGUGGCAGCAUCAUGUUGUGGGGGUGCUUUGCUGCAGGAGGGACAGGUGCACUUCACAAAAUAGAUGUCAUCAUGAGAAUGGAAAAUUAUGUGGAUAUAUUGAAGCAACAAAUGGGCCUUCCAAGUGGACAAUGACCCCAAGCAUACUUCCAAAGUUGUGGCAGCUCUGUCAGGAGGAAUGGGCCAAAAUUCACCCAACUUAUUGUGGGAAGCUUGUGGAAGGCUACCCAAAACAUUUUGACCCAAGUUCCCAAAUUUAAAGGCAAUGCUACCAAAUACUAAUUGAGUGUAUGUAAACUUCUGACCCAUUGGGAAUGUGAUGAAAGAAAUAAAAGCUGAAAUAAAUUAUUCUCUCAACUAUUUUUAUGACAUUUCACAUUCUUAAAAUAAAGUGGUGAUCCUAACUGACCUAAAACAGGGAAUUUUUACUAGGAUUCAAAGUUGAAAUGUUUUUGGCUAAGGUGUACGUAAACUUCCGACUUCAACUGUACCUAGUAUGUCUAUGUUGAACGGGUGUUUUUGUUAACCUCAAAAACAUAUGAUUCUUAUGUAAUUGUGACUGGAACAAAUGUAAUAUGUCAGGAAUUUAAUCUCAUGAGCAUGUAUCAAUCAGUUCUGCCAUGUUUGACUGCUUGGGGCUGUUUGGUCCACAGUACCCCGCUGCUUGAUAUGGAUUAGUCAUGUCUGAGUAAUUCAAGGCCUCUGUUCUCUUGUCUGCUAACUUUGAGCCCUGUUCAAAUACUUUCAGAUGCAGCCUUUCCUUCAUUUUUUUAUUUAACCUUUACUCCUUCCUCUGAGUAAUCCCUGAUAUCACAAGACUUGAUAGGUGAAGGCUAUGUGAUACAAUCCUUGCUGAUGCAGUGUCGCUAAUCAGUUAGUUUAUCAGUGAUUACUUUAAGGAAAAUAUUUCAUUUCAAACGGGGCCUUGGUCCCUAGGCCAAAGCUGUCCAUCCCUGGUCAUGCAAAGUAAAUUGACAGGAUAUACACCAAGCUUCCUUCUAUGGCCUGAGGAUAAAACAUUUCACAAGACUGGAUGGUGGUUCUCGGGCUGGUGUCCGUGCAUUAUGACAAAUAAUUACAAAACUAUUCACUCUCAAUUUUAAGAGACUCGCUGUGACAAUUGAAACCUGAUGUACUGCUCAGUGUCUGUGACCAGGGUCCUACAACUGGGAUUUCGGGAAAACUUUCAAUAAAUUCCCUGGUUAACUGAAUUUUGCAACCCGAGGUGUGACCCCUUGCUAAUGCCAGUAAGAUAUAUUGACUAUAGAUGGAUUGGCCUGUAAUAAACUUGUAAUUAUUACUCAAAUGAAAAUAUAUACAUAUGAUGUACAGUUAGUUAUAUAUAGUUAUAUAUUGUUUUUUAAAUGUUUUUUCCUUAAAAUAAUAAAUGUAUCUUGUAAACUUG